CAUUUGAAGAGACGGUAUGGGUUACUAUAUAUAAAAACUCAUGAACUAACCCUAAAAAUUGAAAAGAAAAGCCCGACACGGUAAAAACUUGUGAUUGUGAAAGACUUCUCCUCAAUACUCCUUCUCUCACCGUGAUUUUCUUCCCACUUCGGCGCCUUCAUCCACGAAGAAUAUCGAAAUUGUUCAUCUGAUUUACAUUCUUCUCAACACUCAUUUUCUCUCCCUCGUUCUAAUUCUUAGUGUUGUUUCUUAAUUCAUAGCCAAUAAGCAUUGAAGAAUUCCCUAUUUAUCUAUGUCAGAGUUUCUUCGGCAAUCGCAGAAUUUGCAGUUUAAGUAUGACUUUAAAAAUGACAAGUAUCUCACUUUUAUUGCGGAGCUACGUGACUUGAUUAGAGAUAAUAAUAGGACUUCCCAUGGCUGUCAUAUUUUACCAUUGGAAGAAGAAGCUGAUGCAUUUUACAUUGAUCUUAAAUUGCAAGAGGGUGGUAUAGACAAGGGUUUAGUUAAAAUAAGGAGGUAUGAUCUCCGUAUAAUUAACUACCAAGAUCCUUUUGGCAAUUCUCUUGAUGUUAAUGAAUUUCAAUUAUACGAUGAUGACUCGAGACUACUUAAGUUUGGGAUAGAGGAUUUGAAAUUGGGAUUAUCCACAUUUUUGAAAGCCGUAAAUUAUCUCUCAAAUAUCUGUAAAAAGCUUUUGGGGACUUCUUUUCUCGUGAUGCGUGAUAAAAAGAAAUUCGCUAACACUCAAGAAAAGGUUAGAGUAAGAACUUCAUUAGCUGUGCUGUGUCUUGUGAUAUGUGAAAGUACAAAAGUUGAUUUAUUUUCUUGCAUAUUAAGUAAUGCUUUUGAAUUUGGGUUUGAAGUACCUUUGUCUUCAUGGCUAUUGGAUCGUAUCAAUGACUGGGGUUUCUUUUCUGAGCAGUUAUUGUCAGAUGAAUUACAUGUAAGUGAUACUAGUAAGUGUAAUGGUUGCUUGCCUAAUGAUAUGAAUGAUUGGCAUGAUGAAAGACGGAUGAUUGGAGUUACAUGUCUUGAUGUUGUGAAGUUCUUAGGUAUUUGUAAGGCAUUUCCAUCCCAUAUAGAACCCAUAGAACAAGAGUGUCUUUUAGAUGGCAAGUAUUUGGUUGAAAUAUUUUCUGUUAGUGUAUAUUUUAAUGAUGGACAAUCUGGAAGUGCAUAUGGUUGCAUCACGGUCAAUACGGAUUAUGGUUCAUUUUGUAUUUAUAAGCGAGAUUGUAAUGAAUGUGAAUUUAUCAAGUCACAUGGUACGCUUACAUUACAAGAUCCAAAUGGCUUUAUAUCUACAAGGAAUAAGGUUGAAUUUGUUCUUGAUCUCAAAGAUGUGGGCGGUAAUUUAGAAAUCAACGAGGGUAAAACUCGGUGGGAUGGUAGUUUAGGUGAGGAUUCUUUGGACUCUCGUCUUGCUGUGAUGGUUAAAGGUAAAUGCGGCUAUGCAAUAGUGUACUACUCUAUAUUUAUGCCGGCAAUUCAAGUGGUGGUUGAGGCAACCCUUUUGAUCAAAGAAGAUCAUUCUCAUGCUAAUGAGAAUGUCUGUGUUUUUGGGAGAUUUUCUACUCGCUCUGGUCUAUCUGACUUCUCUACUGAUUCAUUUAAAAAAUACUACGAGACAAUCCUCUAUCAUAAACCUGUGAGCAAGGCUUGUACAUGCAAACAAGUACAAUCUGGAAAGGCUUUCAAAUUGAAAUUGUCCAAAACAAGGGUGAAUGUACGUUUAAUGGAAUCGCUUAUAAUAUUGGCAGAGUUGAAGAAUUGUGACGGCAAGCCCAUUGUGACUGGCUCUAUAGAAUUGUUACCUGAACAGUUAAGUGAAUUUGAGGAGAUUAUUCAAGGGCAUUCUGAUGAUUCUCAUUUGCUUCAAUUAAAGGUGAAACAAAUAGGCUAAGCUUCAUGUGCAAGAUUAUAUUGAUACUUAAUUUUGAUAAGUAUUUUUAUAUUAUAAUAGUAUUAGUUAUGAAUAUUUUGAGGUGCUGAGGUGAUGCACCAUUUUCACUCUUCCUAGUGUUUAUUUUGCCAAGAAAUUGUUAAAGAUAUACAAAGCCUGAUGUAUAUCCAAUGUCUACACUGUAAGAAAUUGUUUACUAC